AUGAUGGGACAGAUUGUCUCACGAUUUUGGUUUUUCCUUCUGGGUUCAAUUGUUCUAAGUGGAGUUCAAGGUGACUGUCAAGAAGCCCCCGAAAGCCGGCGCAAUCUGGAGAUACUGUUCAUCAACAGCUGGAGCCACUUUUACUGCAAGAUUCCGCACGAUGGGAGGCUGCACAACAGGACAAUUUCUCGAUCUCCUUUACCAGCGACCAUACAUUCAGAGAAGCAAAAAGAAUGUCUCGAAAAUUUCAACGAAAACAAUCCCGUCAUAAAGAGGGUCUUCCGACCGGUGCAAGAGUGCAUCCGAGCGCAGCAAAAAGAAAGCAACACUCGAAGAAAAACCGAUUGUUUUUCGGAUCGAAGUCCGUCAAGCCUCACUCCAGAGCUUCGAAAACUUAUGAUGUCCCUCGUGAAUGUUUCUCACAAGUGCUGUGAAUACUUCCCAAAGGAAUCCUACACUGUUGCAAAGAGGGAGCAAUUCAUAAGCCGACGAAAAAACAGAUUCAGCGUCUGUAUGAAGCGAAGAUUCGACUUUCUCCUCAAUCAGUUCAACCAAAAAUACGACGUCACCAAGCAACUUGAUUCCCUAAAGCUAGUAAACAACCCUUAA